CAGUCUUUUUUCCCCUUCAUCUCCCCUUCUCUGGCUUGCCCCCCUCGCAGUCCUCCUUCGCGCGGCCGCCUCUCCUUCUUCUCCCGCUGCCCUUUUGCGGUUAUCUUGGACUCUGCGCUCAGCGCCCCGUAUCAGAGCAGAGCGGGGUUCGGCGGUUUGCCGAUGUGAGGCCGCGGGAGCGGCGGCCACUUCGCUGCGGAUGGCGACGGCAGCGGCCAGUUCUGGCGCGGGAGGCGGCGGCGCUGCUGCCGCUGCUGCCGGCGGGCGAAGCUUCUCCUUCAAGGUGGUUCUGCUCGGGGAAGGCUGCGUGGGGAAGACUUCUCUGGUUCUCCGUUACUGUGAGAACAAGUUCAAUGACAAGCAUAUCACUACCCUGCAGGCAUCUUUUCUAACAAAGAAGCUAAAUAUUGGAGGAAAAAGAGUAAACCUUGCAAUAUGGGAUACAGCAGGACAAGAGAGGUUUCAUGCACUAGGUCCUAUUUACUACAGAGACUCUAAUGGAGCUAUUUUAGUUUAUGAUAUAACAGAUGAAGAUUCUUUUCAGAAGGUAAAAAACUGGGUAAAGGAAUUAAGAAAAAUGUUGGGGAAUGAAAUUUGCCUAUGCAUAGUUGGUAACAAGAUAGAUUUGGAGAAGGAAAGACAUGUGUCUAUUCAAGAAGCAGAAUCGUAUGCAGAAUCAGUGGGAGCAAAACACUAUCAUACAUCUGCCAAACAGAACAAAGGAAUAGAAGAACUCUUUCUUGAUUUGUGUAAACGUAGGUUUGUGUAAUGUAUGAGUUAAUGUUUCUGUUAUGAAAUCAAAUGCCUCUUG